CGUUUUGCACCUUCCAAUUGAUUUCAAUGGAGCCUCAUUCGCCAUCAGUUUGCAGCUAGGAAAGAACAUUCUAACUUCGCUUUUUGCAGUUUCUCGUCUACCUGAUCUCGCAAAAUCGCACAUCAUCAUGCACGGCGAUAAAUAAAUUCGAUAAGGUUUCGACAUGGUCGUUCCAACGGACCAUGCGCUUCACGAGGCGAUUCAAGUAUCGCCGCUGAUACUUUCCGAUGAUGUUAGACGACAAAAAAUUGAAAAUCAUACGGCGAAGAUGCGAUUCUCCGCGGCAACCGCCAGGAAAAUACAAGACGUCUUUAUUUCGGAAAUGAAUAAGGGGAUCCAUCAGCAACCCUCUUCGUUGCAAAUGGAGAACACUUAUAUACCGGAACUGCUCGAUGGAACAGAGGAAGGUCUUUAUUUGGCACUCGAUCUUGGCGGCACCAACUUUCGCGUACUCCUGUUGGAAUUGGCUCACGGUGCUCCCAUACGACAGGAAGUAAAGCGAUACUACAUCGGAUCCGAGUUAAGGGUCGGCUCCGCAAUCCCUCUGUUUGAUUAUCUGGCUGAAUGUGUCAGUGAUUUCGUCAUCGCUCAGGGUCUUCAAGACGUAGAGCUUCCUCUCGGUUUCACAUUCUCGUUUCCGAUAAUCCAGCACUCGCUGGAUGUCGGUAUUCUCGUGACAUGGACCAAGACUUUCAACUGUCCCGAUGUCGUGAAUAAGGACAUCGUUAAGCUCUUGCGAGAGGCCCUGGACCGUCGAGCCGAUACGAAGGUGAAGGUCGUGGCAGUCUUGAACGAUACCACGGGUACCUUGGUACAGGGCUCAACGUUGGAUUCCAAUGUAGCGAUCGGACUUAUCCUGGGAACCGGCAGCAAUGCUUGCUAUCUAGAACGAGCCGACCGGGUCGAGCAUUGGGAACCCGAGAGGCACGGCGAGAGAGAAGUUAUCAUUGAUAUUGAGUGGGGCGCUUUUGGCGACAACGGUGUUUUGGACUUCAUCAAAACGGAUUUCGAUCGCGAGAACGACGCCAAUUCUCUUAUCGUGAAUUCGUUUACAUUUGAAAAGUACAUUGCUGGCAAAUAUCUCGGUGAAGUGGUGCGCGUGAUACUUGCGAAGUUGACCAAAGAGGGGCUUUUGUUUGUAGGAGAAACUGCACUACACAGACUUUUUACACCCGGCUCCCUUACUACCGAUUUGGUGUCGCACAUCGAACAAGACUCUGUGGACGGUGAUAAUAGCAAUACCAAGGAGGUUCUCAAGAAAUUUGGCAUUAUUCCGGAUGAGGACGAUAUCAAAGUCGUUCAAUAUGUGUGCGAGGUCGCCUCUAAUCGCGCGGCUCUAUUGGUAUCGAUAUGCACCGCGAGUUUGCUGGACCGUAUUGAUAAGGAACAAGUCACGAUUGCCAUAGAUGGAUCUCUCUACAAACAUCAUCCUCGAUUAGAGAGUUGGAUGAAGCGGUAUAUCUCGUUACUCACCUCGGGACGACAGUUCAAAUUAAUCCACGCGGAAGAUGGAAGCGGCAAGGGCGCCGCGCUCAUCGCUGCUAUCGCGCAAAGACUCCAGAAGCGAUUACAAUAAUCGUGAAAACACUAAAGCGUCCGUUUGUUGUCGCAGUUAUUAUUAUCAUGGUAAAACAAUAUACAAAUUGUCGAUAAGCAUAGAAAUAUUCCAGCAGAUUCUAAAUCACAAUAUCGUUAUAACUUUCUGUUAGUAUCCAUCAACAUCAAUUCCAAUACUUGUAUCGGAUUGUAAUAUAUUGUACAGGUGUUGAUUGAAAUCAAUCUAAACGUUACGGAAUUACAUUAGGAUAUGCUUGUAUCGAUCUUGCACAAGGUGUCAAAACGAUAGGGGUAUCGAUUGACCGAACAAUGCGGGAAACGUCUGUGCGCGUGUGCCAUUUUAGGAAAAUAAAUAUACGUACUUGACGAACGUAUGCUUGUCAAGUACAAUAAGAGAAAGAACUACGAAAGAGACGGAUUAUCGACAAAAUAAAAUGUGAAAAAUGAUAUUAUUUAUUAAAUGAAAUCGUAAUUGGAACGCGUUUGCAAAAUGAAAAGUUGUUGCAUAUUGUAAAUGCUCUUUUUUGUACACAAGAAAUCAAGUUGUUAUAAUAAAAGUUAGCAAAAGAUU